AUGGAUGAGAGUGAUGUUGAAAUGGAUACAGUUUUCGAUGACAACAUUAAAAUAAAGAAAACAUUCCUACAAGAUAAAACUAAUAUAGAAAAUAAAUCUAUAAAAAAAUCAAAGAAUAAAGAAAUUAUUUUUAGCAUAAAUAAGGAAAAUGCAAUGAACAGUCAAGAUAUUUUAAAAAAAUACAAAAUAAGUUUUGAUUAUGAAAAAGAUAAAAAAACAAAUGAUCUUUAUAAAAAGUGGACAGAAGAUAUUUCUGAUAAGUUGUAUAUAUCUACAGAUGUUAAUAAAGAACCUUACAAUAAUUUUAUGAAUAAACUUAACAAAGAUGCUAAUAGGAAAAAUGUAUUAAAAGAAAUAUUAGAAAAUAAUAAUGAAGAAUAUUACAAUAAAGAUACAAAUAAAAAAAAUAUAUUUAAAGAAACAUUAAAAGAUAAUAAAAAAAAUUCAUUAAUUCAAGAAGAUACAAAAUAUUACAAUAAAGAUACUAAUAGAAAAAAUAUAUUUAAAGAAACAUUAAAAGAUAAUAAUAAAGAAUAUUACAAUGUAAUAAAUAAUAAAGAUACUAAUAGAAAUUAUGUAUCUAAUGAGAUAUUAAAAAAUAAUAAAGAAAGUUCAUUAAUUGAAGAAGAUACAGAAUAUUACAAUGUAAUAAAUAAACAAACUUUUAACAAACAUCUUGAAGUAAAUGACAUGCCUUACAAAACAAUAAAAAAUGAUAAAUUAAAUAAUAUUUACACCGGUGAUGAUAUAGAUAAUGCAUCUAAUACAAUUAUUUAUGAGAUACAAAAAGAAUUUAAUGAACUUAAAGAAUCUCAUAAGGUUAUGUUACAGAUCCGUAAUAAACUUCUAGUUCUAAUAGAAAAAGAGGUACAAUUUAUAAAAAAAGAAAUAACUGAUAAUAAAAAUAUAGAAAUAUUAGAAUUAGAAAAUAAAUACAAAACAGAAUUAGAAAAAUUAAAAUGUGAAAGGGAUUAUCACAAAGAAAGAUUUAAUAAAUAUAAAAUAUUUUGUAAAAAUAAGGUACUAGAAUAUAAAAAAAAGGUAGAUGAUUUUUACAGAACAGGAAGAUAA